UGUCCAUCGAGCUCGCCUAUCCACGUGCAAUCUGGUUCGAUUGCCGCCGCUGGGACUUUGACGGACGCUUCCUUCAACGCACUUUGCGGGGCAUCAUCAGACUGGCUCUGAGCUGUCUUUGGACUCUGGCGACCCGAACACUUCGCUGGCCUUCUCUUUCGUCUUGACGUCUUGGUCACCACACUAUUUCUACAGACUUGCCCGCCCCUCGUUUCGAACAUUGAACGACCACCCACGACACUUACGAUGCUUUCCAACGACGCACCGUCGACCCCGCGCCCCCGGCCCCCGGCCAAAGCCCGCCGCACACCCUCGGGCAGAUACAAGGACACCCCUCCGCCCCCGUACGCUCCAGCCGUAGCAUUCCCCUCCGAUGCAGACCUGUCAGAUGCACCCCUGGACACCAUCUUGGGCUCCCCCAUUUCUAUGACCGCUCAGAGGGUCCGCUUGCUGUCUAGUGCAAGCCCUGACCCUGCCUCCCGUCCCUCGCCCGAGAUCGAAGAAUGGGUGAACGAGAGGUCGAGAGAGGAGCUCUCGGAGCUGCUCCUCAAAGCUGAGAAGGCUAUCCGGGAUCGUGAAAAUGAGCUCGGGCUGACCUCGGCCGUAUGCAAGAACCUCUACCAAGAAAACGUCAACCUCAAAACCAAACACGACGCGCUCAUCUCCCGCCUCCCACCCUCUCAGCCCAUGUCCCCCAUCGGCUCGCCCUCUCCCUCCUCCCUCUCCCUCUCCUCCCCCUUCGUCUUCCCCCCCAGUGUCUCCGCCUCCUCCACCCUCUCCCACCCGCCCUCCCCCUCGGUAUACAGACGGCACGCCCGGCGCAUAAGCGUCACGCCGUCCGAGAUCUCCCGCCUGGCGGACCAGAACAGCGAGCUGAUGCUCAAGCUCGAGCGGCUCGAGGCGGAGAGCGCGCAGGCGGACCAGGCGGGCCGGCGCCAGCUGCGCAAGCUCGAGCGCGAGAUCCAGCUGCUCAAGGACGAGCUCGAGCGCACGCAGGCACGCAGUGCGGAGUUGGAGGAGAAGGCGGGGAACCAGGGCGCGGAGGUGGACGAGGAGGAGCGGGAGGUGAAGAAGCGCGAGCGCGAGGAGAAGCUCAAGGGGAUACGGGCGAAGACGGUGACCGAGGAGGGCGAGGAGGAGGUGCGGGACUUCGCCCCCGGCGGCGCGCUUUCCGCCAAUUCAACGCCGAACGUGACGCCGUCCUCUCGGCGGAUACGGCGCGACUUUUCGUUCCCGCCGCGUUCGUCCUCAUCCUCAUCCUCCACACCCACCGCAAGCCCGACAGUCGCGCACUUCCCUCACCACUCGGAGAAUACCAAACGCGACCUCGAUGAACACCUCGGUCCGGGCGACGCUGACGAGGAAUCCUACUUCGCGCGCCCCGCGGAGCCCUCGCCCGACUCCCUGCACGAGUCCGCGCUGAUCUCGCAGCUGCUCGCCAAGAUCCGCGAGCUCGAGCAGACGAACGCGCAGAUCUCGGAGCAGCAGCAGCGCGCGAGCGGGCGCGUGCGCGCGGCGCACCGCGACGCCGCGAAGAUCCGGCGGCUGUACGAGGCGCUCGGCGACGAGUCCGUGGACGUGCAGAUUGUGGAGAACGACGGCGAGGAGGGGGACACUCCCGAUGCUGCCGAGCGCGAUACGGUCCGGUUUCGGAGCCUCAGGCGGACGCUCGACGCCGAGGGCGAGCCGGCGCAGUUCGGGCUCGAUGUGCUCGAGUUCGAGAGGGGCAUCAAGCAGGGGAUGCAUAGUACGUCUCGCGGGGAUGUGGAGACGCCCAGUCGUGGCAAAUCGCGCCAUCGGAGAUCCGUCGUAGGGCUGUUCGAGGACGCGCUUUCCCCCACGAGCCUGGAUGGCUUGUCGACUACCGUGGCGGGGUCGUCGCCCCCGCGAGCCGCAAGUCCGAGUCCGAGUGUGAUGCUGCCGGACCUGUCCUUCCCGUCGACGGGGGUCGACCUAUCGGCGGAACUGGAGGCGAAGCAUACGCUGGGCAGUGAGUUGGGGAGCGAGUACGGCGACGACCUGGCGGGCGGGGGCGGGGUCAACCAUCACUUGCGCACAACGAGUCUGUACGGCCUCAGCCAGUUCAGUGUGGCGGGCGGGGAGGAGGGCGACAGCGUGCCGGCCGACUCGCUGGAAGUGCCGGAGAGCUCGAGCAUUGGAAGGAGGCGCGGGUCGCUGUUGGCUGAGGAGGCUAUCGGCGGCGGAUCGGUGCAGCACGCCCCGAAGGAAUCCAAGCGCGAGUCGAUGCGGCUCCGGAACCGGCUGCUCUCCCAGACUGUCCGGGCGCGUACGAGUCAAUGGGUGGACGGGCGUUUCAAAGGGACGCUGCGCUCGCAGACGGACUCGGCUCUGGACAUGCCGAAGCCGUCUCCGCUACGGCGCGAGCCCUCGUCGUCCAGCACCAUUGUGCCUGUGUCUCGCACUGCCAGUCUGUCGAAGCUCUUCGAAGGAGCUGUGGGCACUGUCUUCCGGCCUGCCUCUUCCAGGCGAAGUUCUUCGCCAUAUGCGGAAGAGAAAGAGCCCGAGGCAUCUGAAUCGGCAGAAGCUGAUAAGUCUGUGCUGAAGACGGAUGAGGAGAAGAAGGGCGUGGUGGCCGUCGUCCUCGAUCUGUGGCUGUGGCUCCAGUUCAUCAUCAUUAUCCUUGUGUUCUUGUGGGCCAUGGCGAAGAGGGGUCCAAGGAACGUCUUGGAGGAGGCUGAGCGGAGAAGGGGUACUGCUACCGGGCAGCGAUGAGAUAGCGCUACUGCCUUCAGCGUUCUUGGUGGAUGGAUCCCACACAUUGCAUUGCUAUGCCUAUCACAUGUAUAUACUUCUGCGCAUAUUGCAUCCAUAUUCACUACACCACAC